GCGUGGGAGGGCUAAAGCGAGCCAUUCGCAGCUGGUUUUAAACACAGCAGCAGUUCCUGUGCUGGUGUGAGAGCCGUUUCACCGACUAAACUCACAAGCAUGGAUCUUAUCUUCAAGGAGGGGAUGCUGCACCUUCAGACAGUUAAGUUUGGAAAGAAGACGUGGCGUAAAGUACGCAUGGUUCUCUUCAAGCCCAGCUCCACUGGAGUGGGCCGGCUGGAGUUCUGCACCAUGUCGGACACCAGCUCCUUCAGCGAGCACAUGAAACCCGGUCGGCAGAAGACGACAGAGAAGAAAGUGGUGCGUCUAAGUGACUGUCUCAGCGUGACUCCUGCUGUGAGGGAGUCCUGUCCUGCUGGUUCCACCGCCUUCUACGUCCACACCACGCAGUCCACCUACACCUUCGCCUCCACGUCCAGCCCGGACUGGAUCAGCGCCCUCUGUCUGCUUGCCUUCCAGAAAGAUCCUGGAGAUGCAGACAAAGGGGAAUUUGAGAGAGGAAAUGGCUUGACCAUGGCAGACAAUGACCUUUACUCAUCAUGGAAAAGUGGCCGGACUCCUGCACCAAAGCAGUACCAAGUGAAGGUUCAGGCCACCGAGGCGUCUAAAAGGUGUAAGCUGUCUGGAGAGUAUCUGGUGUCCACAGAAAAGGACGAUUUGGUUCUGAGUGACAUUUCUGGUGGAGUCGUCUACUGCUGGCCCUACAGGCUCCUGCGUAAAUUUGGACACAUUGAGGGAGGCUUCAGCAUCGAAGCAGGACGCCGCUGUGACUCAGGAGAAGGAAUCUUUGUCUUCCUGACCCAAAACGGGACGGAGAUCUUCCAGACCAUAGCUCAUCAGUGUUCUGUGAAGAAGGACGUGAGUGUCCAAUACCUCCAAAGGACAUCAGUCCCUGCUGUUGUGCGCCCUGUUGUUCCUCCAGCUGCAGCCGCCCAGGUCCCUGCUCCUCCUGCACUCACAGACAGAGAGGACGGAGACACAGAGGACAGAUCUGUCUGUGACUACUCCACCAUCCGUGUCCCCUCAGUGGAGGGUGUGAAGCACCUGAGCCUCAUCAGCAAGGAGUUGAUGGAGGAAGGUGAGGAUGAGGAGGAGCGGUGCCACUCCCUGGAUGCUAUGGAUCAGGAGAAGAACAGGGAGAACAGCAUUUACUACAACCUGAGGAGAGCCUCGCAUCCUUCCAUCAGAGAAACCCAGACUGUUGCUCGCGGUUGCACCUACUCCUUUGUGGGCAAACAGAAGUUUUCCUCGGACUCGGACAAAUGUGUCGAUUACAAACCCUUCAGUCUGCAACUGUCUGCAGCAGACGACAGCGACCGUCGGGCGUACGGCACCCAGGAAGUGGAUGACAUGAAGGAAGGCGAGGAUGCCACAGGCUCCCCCACCCACAUCGGCCCCACAGAGGCCCCUGGCAGCUUCAAACACAGACUGGCUGAAAUCAUUUCCAAGGACAUGACAAAGUUCCAGCCACCUUUUCCCUACGGAACCAGCAACCCCAUGGUUUUCCAGUAG